CGUGCCUUUUUGCGGGGAAGCGUCGCCGGAGCUCCGAUUUCUCGCCGCUGUACUCGUUGGCUUAUCACUUCUCGUGUUUAGGUUCUUGUUGUUUUAGAUCCAAAUCUAUACCUAUCGAUGCCUGUACAUAAUUUUUCCGAUGAUUCUUCUGGUUUCUCGUAACGAUUUAUGAUCUGAAUUUCCAGAUGUAAUACUUGAAUCAGAAUAAAUUAGCAGUUAGCCUGUCACUUUAGAUUUGCGAACUCACUGAAGUUUAACUUCAUUUCUAUCAUUCUUGGAUUUGUAGUUAGAAAUUUGAGUUUCACCACUGGUGAGAAGUAAUUCGAGCUUCUUUCGAAGCGAAUUUGUUCUGAGUUUCCUGAAUAUUUUUGUUUCGCUACAGAAAUGUAUAAUAACUUGGGAGCACAGUCUGGGGCGCCACAACCGGCAACAAAUCCUCAGCCAAACCCAUUUGGAAAUGCAUUUUAUGGGGCUGGUUCUGGUCUUAUCCGUGGGGGUUUGGGUGCAUAUGGUGAGAAAAUUCUUGGCUCGAGUUCUGAAUAUGUCCAAAGCAAUAUAAGUAGGUAUUUCUCUGAUCCCCAGUACUACUUUCAAGUGAAUGAUCAGUACGUGAGAAACAAAUUGAAGGUUGUUUUGUUUCCUUUCCUGCAUAGGGGCCAUUGGACAAGAAUAACUGAGCCAGUGGGAGGCCGGCUCUCGUAUAAGCCUCCACUCUAUGAUAUAAAUGCACCUGACUUGUACAUUCCAUUUAUGGCCUUUGGUACCUACGUGGUUCUUGCAGGGCUAUCAUUGGGUCUUCAAGGAAAGUUUAGCCCAGAAGCUUUAAAUUGGCUGUUCAUUAAGGGUUUGCUUGGCUGGUUUCUGCAAUUCAUGCUUCUCAAAGUAACAUUACUUUCAUUGGGUGGUGGUGAGGCUCCUUUACUCGACAUCGUGGCAUAUGGUGGCUAUUCUUUUACAGGGAUGUGCCUUGCUGUUCUUGGAAGGAUCAUAUGGAGAUACUCAUACUACUUUUUGAUGCCAUGGACCUGCAUAUGUAUGGCAAUCUUCUUGCUCAGGACAAUGAAGAGAGUCCUCUUUGCAGAGGUCAGGAGUUACGAUUCCAGCAAGCACCACUACCUUUUGCUCUUUAUUGCCUUGGCACAAUUCCCACUUUUUACCUGGCUUGGCAACAUUAGUGUUAACUGGCUAUUCUAAAACUGCAUCCUUUGAACUUUGUCAAAACAAUUCUGUGUAUAUAUAUUAGCAUUUGCGGUGUUCCUCCAUUGCCUAUUUUGAAAAAAAGAAAGAAAGAAAGAAAAAAAAAAGCUUAUAAGUUGUUUUAGGCAAUUCUUCUACAAUAUUUUAUUGCAAAUGUGGCCAAUUUUUUUAAUUUGUUAUAUUCGUAUAAACCUGACUCCUUUUU